ACUGUCCACCGCGACAUUGAACACUCUCUACUCAGCAAAUACAUCUCUUCCCGCAAAGAAGUAUCAAUUACAACGUUUCAUCAAUGUCUUCCGUAUCACCAUCCCCAGGUCCCUCAACACCCAAUGUACGACAUGCACAAACCGCUGUUGACCGCCAGCGAGCGCAACUCGAGAAAUUGCUGAAAGAUCCAACGAAGCUGGCAUAUGUCCCCCCUCCACCGAAAGAAAAGGGCAUUCGGCCUCCACGAGAGAUGAUGAAGAACGUCCAGGGCUCCAGUGCGGGUGCAGGAAGUGGGGAGUUCCAUGUGUACAAGGCUAGCAGACGGCGAGAGUAUGAACGAUUGAAGCUGAUGGACGAGGAGGCACAGAAGGAAACUGAAGUAGCUGAAUUCGAGAGGAAGAAACGCGAACGCGAGGAACAGGCGGAAGCAAAGACAGCAAAGAACAGGGCUAAACGACUAAAGAAGAGGGUCAAGGCUAAGAAGGGUUCGGACAAAGCAGAAGAUGGUCCCUCGCGAGCUAGCGUGCCGUCAGAUGUGCCGCUUAAGAAACGACGUCUGGUAAAUGGCCAGGAACUACUGUUCAGGAAACCUGGAGAGGAGAGCGACGACGAGGGUGAAGGUGAAGAUGAAGUCGGACCUGUUCGAUCGAAUAUAGAUGGUCGUGACAUGAACGCUGCUUCGGCUGAACCAAGCCAACCAGCUGUUCCUAUAGUGGAAGCACAACGGAUCACAAUUCAUGAAGAUGAUUGAACGUUCGUCUCAUGCUUGCUUUGUAUGUGAUUUCUGCUGGUGUAUCGAUACUCCAGCUUGUGAUAUGUUUCCAUAGGUUUCCAUUACUUGCGGCGUUUUGGCGAAUAUACUCCUGCUGAUACCUCUCGCUACGUCGUAUGACAUGGAACACAUCGUGUGAAUGUUUACAUGACCGUGUCCGUAUGUUAUCACCAGUGUGGUUGUCUCGUUUCACCAAGCAUGCUGUCACUCCAGGAAUUCUUCCGUUCCUGUUUGCCGUGACUGAAUAUCGGAUUCGGCCAGGUUGAAAGAAGCGCAAUUCAACGAAUCAGGGAACACGAAGGCUCCACUUUAUUUUGCCUGCAUGCUUCGCAGGAUGGUCAUAACACUCUUAUGCACUUCGCGAAACUACCAAAUUCAUCCGAAUUUCAUCCUUGCCUCAUUCGGCUGCUACCAUGGAGAGCCUGCCGCGUUUUCAUGUGGAGCUCUCACGUCCGAAAUACAACCUGUCUUUAUCC